AUGGCCGAAGUCAAGUUUUCACCCCAACUGGGCAAUGUCGAGUUCUGUACCUUGGGCAUGUUUAUCCUUGAUGACAUUGAUUUUGGUGGUGCAAGACCAGGCGUGAAGAACAUCAUUGGUGGCGCGGGAUCCUUUGCCGUCGUGGGCGCGCGCUUGGUUGCGGGCUUGACGCAUGCCCGGUCAGUGAGCUGGAUCGUGGAUGUCGGGUCUGAUUUCCCUUCAGACACGUUGGCAGUGAUCAAUUCAUGGGGAACCGACUGCGUCAUCCGGGAAGACCAUAGAAGACUAACCACGAGAGCAUGGAAUGGGUAUCAUCCCAAUGAGAAACGGGAUUUCAAGUAUUUGACUCCAAAGCUGAGACUGGAGCCUUCGAUGCUCUCUGAUGCUCAAGUGUUGUCGCAGACAUUCCACAUGGUCUGCUCUGCCUCUCGCUGCAUCUCUAUCGUCCAGGAGAUCAUGCGACGACGGGAAGAGCUGCAGCAGGCGGGGCGGCCUCCGUCCGCCACUCAUGCCUCGAAUCGGCCUAUCUUUGUGUGGGAGCCAGUUCCUGAUCUUUGCACGCCGGAGGAACAAGAAAUGUUCUUCGCCGCAAACCGGGUGGUGGACGUGGUCAGCCCCAAUCACCUGGAGCUUGGCAUGAUGUUUGAUCAACCGGGAUGGACCGAGGAAAGCGAGGACAGCCAGAAAUUGGUGCAAAAGAUUCUUGAUUCCGGCAUUGGUGCUGAUGGAAACGGUUAUUUGGUAAUCAGGUCAGGAAAAGAUGGUAGCUACGCCUACUCCAAAUCCCUGAAGAUCUGGCUACCCGCAUAUCACCAGCCCAGACCCGAGGGCGCUACGGCUGUGCUCGACCCCACGGGUGCGGGCAACUCGUUCCUAGGAGCAUUGGCCCAAGGAAUGGUGAGUGCGGGACGAGAGCCUUUCCAGGCCAUUGAAUCUGAGCUGGCACACGCUGGGGAGUGGAAGGAAGCCAAGGCCUCUUGGGGCCAGUUUCAGAACUUGCCCAUGGCACUCAUUUGCGCGACUGUCGCAGCCGGGUUUGUCGUCGAACAGAUCGGUGUGCCAAAGCUUACUCGGUCUGGGGGUGAAAGGGAAUUGUGGAAUGAGGCUGAAUUCACGGAACGGGUCCGUCUGUACACGCAACGAUUAACUAGGACAUUGAAAGAGUCUCCUCAGAGACACCUGUUGACCAAUUGA